GCAGGCUCCCCCCACGCUGGCCUCCUCGAGGUGCCCCGGCCCCGUCCUGGAGGGAGGAGCCCCUCUAGAGGUGCGAGGAGGAGGAGGAGGAGGAGGAGGAGGGAUCCGUCUUCAUGGCCUCCACAGCCCUGGGUCUUCCCUCUUCGGCCGAAUCCGGGGACGCCAAUUAAUACCAAUGGCGGAGGUGCUUUUCCUGAUGCAGACGCCAGUCCACUCGUAACUGGACCCAGACCACCAAGGUGAUUCAUGGCAGGGGACGUGGAAGGGUUUAGUUCCUCCAUCCAUGACACCAGUGUCUCUGCUGGGUUCAGAGCACUGUAUGAGGAGGGAUUGCUUCUUGAUGUCACACUUGUCAUUGAAGAUCACCAAUUCCAGGCCCAUAAAGCACUCCUUGCCACCCAGAGUGACUACUUCAGGAUAAUGUUCACAGCUGACAUGAGGGAGCGAGAUCAGGACAAAAUUCAUUUGAAAGGUCUGACUGCUACAGGCUUCAGCCAUGUCCUACAAUUCAUGUACUAUGGAACUAUAGAACUGAGUAUGAAUACUGUUCAUGAAAUCCUACAGGCUGCCAUGUAUGUUCAACUUAUAGAAGUGGUGAAGUUCUGCUGCUCUUUUCUCUUAGCCAAAAUCUGCUUAGAAAAUUGUGCAGAAAUUAUGAGACUCUUAGAUGAUUUUGGUGUAAACAUCGAGGGAGUCAGGGAGAAGUUGGACUCCUUUCUGCUAGAGAACUUUGUGCCACUAAUGUCAAGACCUGACUUCCUGUCCUAUCUGAGCUUUGAAAAGCUUAUGUCUUAUUUGGAUAAUGACCGUCUGAGCAGGUUCCCAGAGAUAGAACUGUACGAGGCUGUUCAGUCUUGGCUGCGGCAUGAUAGAAGACGCUGGAGACAUACCGAUACCAUCAUUCAGAACAUCAGGUUUUGUUUGAUGACCCCAUCCAGUGUUUUUGAGAAGGUUAAGACAUCAGAAUUUUAUAGAUAUUCUCGGCAGCUACGACAUGAAGUUGACCAAGCAUUGAAUUACUUUCAUAGUGUUCACCAGCAGCCUUUGAUGGAAAUGAAAUCCAGCCGUAUCCGUUCUGCCAAACCCCAGACUGCAGUAUUCAGAGGAAUGAUAGGACAUAGCAUGGUAAAUAGUAAAAUUCUUCUUUUACACAAACCACGGGUCUGGUGGGAGCUGGAGGGUCCACAAGUACCUCUACGACCAGACUGCCUUGCCAUUGUGAAUAACUUUGUGUUCUUGUUAGGCGGGGAAGAACUGGGGCCAGAUGGUGAAUUCCAUGCUUCCUCCAAAGUGUUCAGGUAUGACCCAAGACAAAAUACUUGGUUGAGAAUGGCAGAUAUGUCUGUACCACGUUCAGAAUUUGCAGUUGGUGUUAUUGGUAGGUACAUCUAUGCUGUGGCUGGAAGAACAAGAGAUGAGACAUUUUAUUCAACAGAGCGUUACGACAUCACUGAAGACAAAUGGGAAUUUGUGGAUCCUUAUCCAGUCAAUAAAUAUGGACAUGAGGGGACAGUGCUUAGUAACAAGUUGUUCAUCACUGGUGGAAUUACCUCAUCUUCCACUUCUAAACAAGUGUGUGUAUUUGAUCCUAGUAAAGAAGGGACAGUGGAACACCGAACACGAAGAACUCAAGUAGUUACUAAUUGUUGGGAGAAUAAGUGCAAAAUGAAUUAUGCGAGAUGCUUUCACAAAAUGAUUUCUUAUAAUGGUAAGCUUUAUGUGUUUGGUGGUGUCUGUGUGAUCUUAAGGGCCUCUUUUGAGUCACAAGGAUGCCCUUCCACAGAAGUUUAUGACCCAGAGACUGAUCAGUGGACUAUCUUGGCAUCAAUGCCAAUUGGUAGAAGUGGUCAUGGUGUAGCUGUAUUGGACAAACAAAUAAUGGUUCUUGGAGGCCUUUGCUAUAAUGGUCAUUACAGUGAUUCUAUUCUCACAUUUGAUCCAGAAGAAAAUAAAUGGAAAGAAGAUGAGUACCCACGGAUGCCCUGUAAACUUGAUGGUUUACAAGUAUGCAGCCUGCAUUUUCCUGAAUAUGUAUUAGAGCAUGUUAGACAUUGCAGCUAAAAAUGUACAUCUUCCUUAAAAGAAAGAAAGCAAAGCGUAGUAUUUAAGGCUCUUAAGUACUUGUUGGUGUUGUAGUAGUUACUAAAUGCAUAAAAAGAGAAACAGGGAAUGCACCUCAACAGUUUUACUAGCAAUGCCAUUGUUAUGGUAUUGUAAAAUUUUCUUUUCUCCUUGCAUUUUCCCCCUUUUCAGUGGCCUCAUGAGCUCAUGCAGUAAAUUCAUUCUAGAAAAUAGCAGUUACACUUAUAGCCUCUGGAAGCAGUUGAAUAGAAUGAUCCACUUGUCUGGAAAAUUGAUUUUAUACCUUAAAAAACAUUUUAAAUUGUCAAGGUAGGAUUUGGCAGUCUUCUAGAAGAACUACCUUCAAGUGUCAUUUAAAGUGAUUUCAGUCAUUUCUUCUAUCUAAAGUCUUUUGGAUUGCUCAUUAUGUCAAUGUUUCACUUUUGGUUUUGUCACACAAACAGCUUAAAACUUAACUUUUUGCAUGGCUUUUGUAUAGUAGUCUGCUGAAAAUGCAAAAAUAUAAAUUUUCUACUAAAUUAACAACUUUUUAUACUCAAAACACUAUUUCUAUGCUGCCUUCUAUUGUCUGCAUUGUGUUUGUAAGUGAAGAAAAUAUAUGCACAUGUGAAUACAUAAUAAAAUCUAUAUACAGUGCAUCUUUUUGUGUGGUUAGGAUAUUACAUUUUUAAUUAGUGCGCAAAUUGUCAGUCAUACUUGUUGAGUUUUAGAUGUAGUAACAUCUUUUCAUGUAUUAAUAAUAAAAAAAAAUUAAAGUAACUGGAGGCCUCAUUUGGUAUCAAAGUACCGUAUCUUUGAUACAUACUGAUUGAUUCAGUAACAUUUGAACUCUUUAUAUUCAUGUGACAUAUAUAAACUCAUGAAAAUUAAGAUUUUAUAUUUAUUUAAAAAGUAAAUAUUAAGGUAAGCCACAUCAAUGUUUGUCUUUCACUUUGGAAUAUGUUUCUCUUUUCAGUACAUUUGAAUGUCAUUCUACAUGUAGUGAGAACUGGAUAUGUCUAAGCCCUAAUUCUGCAGUGUGCAAGCACUUUUCACCACUCCAAAGGUGGUUAUACUCUACUGUAUGUAAUUGAGAUUCAGUAGUGGUAUUAUUUAUAGUUUCUAUUUGAAUCUAAUAAUAAUUUUCAGGUAUCAUCCAAGGGUGUUGGAUUAUGAAAAUGAGAAACAUAAAUUUUAAAAUAGGCCAUAUUUACCAUUUCUUUACUAAGAGAGAAAUAAUAAAAUUAUCAGCAGCUAUUAUGUUUACCCUCAUGCCCUUUUCUUCCUUUAAAAGAUUUUUGGUGAUACCACACACAUAAUUAAAACACCUUACAAAAUAAGUUUAACUUCCAUUUCCUCACUCUCUCUCUCUUCCCUCCACUCCCACUUCUGCCAGAGUGGGGCUAUGUACAUCUGUUAUUAAGCAUAAACUAACAGCCCUUAGAAAAUUAGAACUUAAUUCUAAUUGCAGACAUUAUGAAUAAACUGUUAUCAGAUUAAUAAUUACUUCCUCACACUUUUCUUAUGAAAUUUACUAGCUUAUUUUUUUCUUCCAAACUAUGUAGUGGCAUUGGUGAUCAAACCCUCAUCUUCUGUCUUUUGUACUAAAGUACCAUAGAUCAUGAAGAAUCAUAACCCCAAAGUUAAAAAAUGAUCAAGAACAAUUUUUAAAAAUACAUUUAUUAAGAAGGGUGCUUUAGGACUAAAUGUACCUUUUAAUUAUUUAAACUCAAAUAAAAUUGUUUAGUUGAGUGUAACCUAGGAAAUUUGUUUCCUGUGGCAUGCCAUGACCAAAUUGGUGUCAUUUUUCUCAUCCUCUAAUUGGCCUUCAGUAGGCCAUGCCUGCACUGGCAAGUGUAAGAUGUAAGACAUUUGUGCAAUAUUACAAUGCUGUUAUGUAAAUUUUCUAGUUUUAUAUAAGUUUUGACUGCUGCCAUCAUUGAAAAUAAUGUGGCAAGGUGAAAGAACUUCCAAAGAAGAAACUUCAUGGUAACUCUCCCCUUGCCCCCCCAAUCCAAUGUAGAUUAUACUGUGAAGUAAAAUCUGGUUUAAAAAUACCAAAAUUGUUCAUUUUUGUGAGUAACAAGCAGUAAGUAAAUGAGUAGGUAUAUAAAAAUUGCAAACUAACCUUUAAUUUGAGAAAAGUCAUUAUUCAUCUGCUUAAAAGACAAAACAUUUCAUUAAAGUAACCUUUUAUAAUUCAAACAACAACUAAGUCUAUGAUUGAGCAAGAGAUUAAUCUGGAACUGUUCAUCUGAGAGCAAAGCUUGCAAAGAAGUUUUAGUUUUAGGAUAUGAUUAAUUGAUCAUUGCUUUUCCAGGGUUGUGUACACGAGCCUUCUUCAUCUUUUUAAAAAAUAGACAAAUUCUUGACAUCUUAAUAUUUACUACAAUUUUUUUUCCUUUUAAUAAGAUUUUGUGAGCAGACUGUCUUGGUAAGGUGUUUUUUUAUUUUUUCUCUAAAACUGCUAAAAGUUUUUCUUCUUAGCUAAAUGCGAACUGAGAAAAGUUUCUUCUUCUUGAUAUAUUUCAUUCAUCUUUAUGUCUUUACAAGUGCUUCAUCUUAUUAUAGAUGAAGAAAACAAGGAAAGAUAAAAAACACAUUUUAUUCUGGUGCCUACAUCCAGGGUUUUUCUAACUGUAAGUGUAUUUUUGUUCUGCUUUUGCUGUUUUUCUGCUUAGCUGUGACUAGAUAGCCAUUGUUAGGGAGAGAUCUGAGAAAAUAGUCAAGUUCAUAUGCUUGAUAUUUUAUAUUAAAGGUAAUAAGGCCAAGAUUAAAGUUUAUAAAACAAACACCUGUGAAAUCCUAACUUGAACAAUGGAGUUCAGUCUCAUGAAAAUCCUUUCUAAACUGAUGUUACUGGUAAUCAGUUUUGAGCAUUAAGAAUAAUUGAUGUUUGCUUGGAUUCUGAAUGUAUAAUGUCCAAGAGAGAACUUUAGCUAUGGAUAUUUAUAUUUCUAAUGGAGAUUAUUUUAAAUCCAUAACUAAUUUACAUUCCCUUAUAAAAUUGUGAUUCAACUGUAGAGAUUUAUUUUUGUUAAACUAUAGGAAUGGUUUUCAUAAGGAUUUUUUUCAAGUUUAUUUUACUAUAUGUUUUUUCCCCCAGAACCAUUUGUGCAUUUUUAUCAAUAUGUUAUGCCUAUGCUCAAAACAGUGUUUUUUAAAAGUACAGAUAAGAGAUUUGAAAACUAUACAGUGUCACUGUUGUGAUCUUUCUACAUACUUAAUAUAAGUAAACUUUUUAACUUUUGGACAGAUAGGUCAUUUUUAUUUGCCCUUCUUUAUUAGACAAUUUGUUUCCUUGCACUUCUUCAGUCUUCCUUUUCGUGGUGAUAUGAGUUCUGAUGCUAAUUUGCUUAAAGAAAAAAAUCUUGUAGUACAACCUUUUCAUAAAAUACAAAGCUUUCCCACUGAAGCUUUUGUUUUUAAAGAUGUGAUUAGGAGAAAUGCUACUGGUUUUAAAAAACAGUUUAAUUAAUAGAGUAUUAUUUUUUCCUGAGACAAUUUUCUAUUCCUUCGUCUUGCCCUGCACUUUGCUAGAGUUAAGGUAAUAAAUUGUGAAAAAUUUACUGAGCCCUUCUCUAACCCUCUUUGAACAUGUACCUUAUGAAGCCUAAUUCUAGAAAGCAUGCUGUCCUAAUGUUAAAAGGCACACUUAUCUAGUGUGUGAAGUAAUAAAGUAAGAAACAGAUGGAAAGGUUUGUCUUAAGUGAAAUUAAGCAUUAGAAUGUUCUAUAAUGAAUUAUUUGUGAUAGGUACUCUCCUAGAAAUGUUAAAUAUUCAGUGGGCUCUUCACUUUUAUAUAUGUAUAUGUGGUGUUAGGUCAUAACAUUUCAGUUUGUAUAAGCUAUCAGAAAUUUUUGGAGAAUCUAUAAUUUGAAAGUCUCAACUAAAAAUAAAAAAAUUAAUAUAGGCCCAAAUAUAAAUUAGACAUUGAGAAAUAUUUGGCAGUCAGCAAUGAAAAUGUAUUGCUAAUGGCAGCUUUCUUAGGUCACUUAGCCUAACCAUACAUUUUAAAUCUUGUUUGCACGUAUAACCAUUUUUAGAGAUCAUGAGCUUGAUUGUAUCUUUAAACUCAAUUUGAAGGAGGGGACCCCAGAAAAUUAAAGAACCUCCCCUUAAACAAGAAAGUACUGAAAUUUAGUCAAACUACCAAUAGAGUUAAAUGUUAAGUAAGAGUAGAGUGAAGUAAUAGAUAAACUCAUGGAAGUCCAUUAUCCUAACAAUACUUUAAUAUAACUUAAAUACUAAUAAUAUAAGCUAUAAUAACAUUGAGAAAAUUCCAUUUUUUACUUUUUAGUUUUUUCCUAUCGAUAAUCUUGAAUUAUUUUAUAAACCUUUGGAAAUAAUUAUCAUAGGUUGAAGAAUUCUAUUAAUCUCAUGUUACCAGUAUGCCAGUAAGGGAUGGGUAUUUGCUUUCUAAAAGAAUGUUUCCAAUAAGGUAAUUGGAGAAGUUAUUUUCUACCUAGCCUGUAUGCACCAUGGCUCUUGGGCAUACAUUGUCUAUAGAAAUAUUUUGAGCUUUUAUGUACAUUUUGGGCUAGUAGUCUUAACAGCAACCCUAGGAUUGUUAUAAAAUUCUUAGAAUAAUUUAAGGUUUGCCUUUUAUAACUGUUUUGAAAAGCCUUUACAUUUUUGUCAGGUAAUUUUCCCAAACUGUGGAUACAAUCUGUUCAGACAUAUAUGUAUACGUUAUCCAUUCUGUUUUUAAAUUGAAAAAAAAAUGUAAAA